UCUCUGUCUCAGGUCAGCAGCUUCACUAAAUGUGGAGAAUAUCUGAACACCCAUGAAAAACCAUCCAGUGUGACAUUAAAAUCACAUUUUUAUUAUAGAGAAACCUCCAACCACCACCACGGCGUCUACCACAGAGCAACCCACCAACAUGUCUGUCUCUACAGCAACACCACGUCCUGAUUCUCCUGACAAUCUCUUCUCAGUGCUGGUUCCCAUUGCAUGUGUCUGUGUUUUGCUUCUCCUGGUGUUGCUGGUUGUCCUGGUGAGACACUUUCACAGCAAACCUAAAGGUAAUAAAGAAAGAGGAGAAGAGGAUGAAAUCAUGUACAGUGAUGUGAAAACAUCCCAAAGAAAUCAGGAAACCAAACCAAGCAAAGGCAGCGAUCCGGCAUCAGUUUACUCAGCGGUGAGGACAGGAGAUGUGACUUAUGGAGAAGUUGUCAUCAAGAAAAAGAAGAAGAGGCAGAAGUCACACAUAGGAGAGAGUCAACCAGACCCAGACGUGGUCUACUCCUCAGUGAAGGGCCGCAGAGUCAACCACUGAUCUGCAGCAGGUCUUCAACUGAUCUUCAGGAACCAACGCUCACAAAGACUUUUUUAAAUCUACCUCACUGGGACCAGAUGAUGACAUCACUUCUGACUCACCUGGUUUCAGUGGCAGGUCAGGAAGCCAGAGGCCUGCCCUGAGUGUUGGACCCAGCGACCGGGCUAGCUGCCAGGAGCAAUCUAAACUCACAACAAGCUAAUGCUUUGCUUUCUGUGCAUCUAAACCCUAAGCCUGUUCUCCAGCAGAGGUUGGAUUGUUUUCCGUUUGUGGCGAAUUUAGUGAAAUACAAACCUUGGGAAGUAGAAAUAACUCAGAAACAAAGCUGUCACUAUAUACGUGCAGCAGCCAAGUUGAAAAUGUUGUACUUAUGAAGGUAAUUUAAUGUUUAGCUCAAUGAAAAGCCCUAAACGCCUGCGAUAGGGAGAAAUAAUAAAAUACACAACUGGCUGUAAAUAGGACAGAGAAGAUGUACUGAUGCAGGAAAUCUUUGAUGUGUAAAAUGAGCCAUAAAAUCCAAUCCUCUCAU